AUGUACAUUUCAGAUGGAAACACAAACGACACAUUUAGCAUUAACGCAACAAGUGGGGAGGUAACUCUUAGUGGUUCCCUGCAGCCUGACGUCAUGUUAAUGUAUGACUUACUUCUCCAGGCAAACGACACUGUGCAGACAACCAACUUGAGCGUUACAGCAUACGUGAAAACUGCGCCUAGGUUUGUUUUCCCGGUGAAAAAUAUUACAAUUGCUGAAAAUACAGACACUUCUAGCGGUGUUAUAGUGUGGUCUAUAUCAUCAAACGACGCCGACGGUGAUUCCGGUGUACAGUAUGAGAUAUUGACUCAAAGUGGUAACAAUACGUUUGAGAUAAGUGACGACAAUCAAAACAUUACAACAGCAGCGUCAUUUGAUUUUGAAACAACACAAUUAUAUACAAUCACUCUGAGAGCUACGGACAACUCGACGUUUGCAUUGUCGUCAGACGGAACAUUGUUUGUUGAAAUAACAGACGUCAAUGACAAUGACCCUGUAUUCACAUCGCCAGCAUCUAUCGAUCUACCAGAAUUUCAAGAAAACGGAACUGUUGUUACUCAAAUAUCGAGCACAGAUGAAGAUACCGUUGGAACAACAACAUAUUCUAUCACAGACGGAAAUUGGGAUGGCUACUUUUCUUUGGAUUCAACUAGUGGGAAUCUUACCCUAGAGAAGCAGUUUAAUGCAGCCACCAUGAUAACACAUAACCUUACAAUUCAGGCUAACGACACUGUUAAUACAGUUACAACAAACCUUAUUGUCAAUGUCAUAACAGUUCCACGUAUAGAACCAUUUUUGAUAAACAUUACGGAAAACAGUGUGACAGGAGAGUUAGAGGUGUGGCCGUUGACAGUGUCUGACUAUGACAAUGACACUAACCACGUGUUUGCUGUUGUUGAACAAAGUGAUCCAGGAGUGUUUGAGAUAAACGCAACUGCUAAAGCUGUCGUUACAACUGCAUCACUUGAUUAUGAAUCCAAAGUCAAUUAUACAUUUGUCAUAAAUGUAACAGAUAACUCGUCUCUACAGCUGUCAUCUACAGCAACAUUUACCGUGUCUAUCAUCGACGUUAACGAUGUAUCCCCAAAUUUCACAUCCAGUACGGAGGCGGACAUUUUGGAGGAUGCGUCCAAAUCUACAUCAGUUUAUAAGGCAGAGACAUUUGAUCCAGAUACAAUUGGAACAACAACGUAUUCUAUAAUAGGUGGAAAUGAUGAUGGCAUCUUUGAAAUCGAUGAAAACAGUGGGAUCAUUACUUUGAAUAAAACAUUAAAUGCAUCAGUGACUUUAUCUCAUGUGCUUCAGAUACAGGCAUAUGAUACUGUGAAUAUGGCCACACACAACGUAACGUUUAAUGUAAGAACAGCUCCAAAAAUGGACAUUCCUGACAUGGUGACGGUGGAGGAGAAUGUUCCUAUAGGGACAGAUGUUUUGACUUUAAACUCGACAGAUCUUGAUGGAGACGCAAAUCCUGUAUAUGAAGUUGCUAGUCAAAGUUCGGCUGGGGUUUUCAAGAUUAACGCGGACAAUACAAAACUUGUAACCAAUUCUUCAAUAGAUUAUGAAACAGAUCAGAAUUUUACAGUGACCAUAAGGGUAACCGAAACCUCUGAUUUAAAUCUAACUUCAACGUCCGAGUUUAUGAUUUACGUUAGAGAUACCAACGAUAAAAGUCCAGUCUUUACGUCUGACAAUUCAACGGAAUUGGCUGAAAAUACACCAAUAAACGAAGAGUUUUAUACGGCGAUGGCUGUCGAUGAAGAUACAAUGGGGAAUAUUACCUACUCCAUAACUGAUGGAAACGAUGAUAAUAUAUUUGCAAUUGAUGCUGAAAGUGGUAACCUCACUCUGCAGUCAACACUCAACCCUACUACAGUAGAAGACCUGACACACAAUAUUGUCCUACAAGCUAGUGAUUCUAUAAACUUUGCUACUUUAAAUCUUACCAUAGCGGUUAAAACAGCACCUGUCAUACAUGUCCAAGACAUAUACAUACCCGAAGACACGGAUAUAUCUGGGAACUAUCUUGUAUGGCAAAUCAACUCUACUGAUCUUGAUGGUGAUGAAAAUCCAGUAUUUACAAUGAUAGAUAGUGCUGGAAAUACAUUUGUAAUCGAUGGUUCCAAUAUCACAACCGUGUCAGCAGUGGAGUUUGACUUUGAAACAACUAAGAACUACACGAUUAUUUUCAACGUCACAGAUAAAUCAGCAUUCAAGCUUUCAAGUACAGCAACGUUGACAAUUUAUAUCACUGACGCCAAUGACAAUAAUCCGACGUUUACAUCCAACACAUCUCUCGUGGUCUUUGAAACUGCAAACACAGGUGAGGCUCUCUAUGUUGCAACAGCAGAGGAUGUAGACACCGUUGGAAACAUAACGUAUUCAAUCAUAGAUGGUAACAGAAACAGCGACUUUGCCAUCGAUCCAACAAGUGGUGAACUUACUCUCCUGAACACACUCAAUCCGCAAAGUGUUUCUGAUCUAGUUUAUGAUCUCGUCAUUGAAGCAAAUGAUUCGCUAAAUGCUGUCACCCUAAACCUAACAGUUAAUAUAAAAACAGCACCAAAGCUGAGCAUUGCUGACCAAACCAUAGAUGAAAACACUAAUACAAGCGGAUCUUAUGAGCUGUGGAACAUUACAUGGUCUGAUUUAGAUGGUGACCAAAAUGCCACAAUAGAAAUAGUCUCUGAAAGUCAUCCGGGUACAUUCCAAGUUGUAGAUAAUUCUCUGUUAGUGACAAAUGGUUCCUUUGAUUAUGAAUCUGUGACUAACUUUACAGUCACUCUGAGAAUUACCGAUGUACAUGGCUUGACGUCAAACGAUACAUUAACCCUACGUGUCAAUGACCUAAAUGACAACACCCCGGAGUUCACGAGUAAUUCAACUGUGGUCAUAUCAGAAGAAACUCCAGCCGGAACACCAUUCUAUACCGCUGUCACAGUUGACUAUGAUACAGCCCCAACUGUAGAAUACUCUAUCAUAGAUGGAAACUCCGGAGGCUUCUUUAGUAUUGAUUCCAGCGUGGGAACUGUAACACUUCAAAAUGCCUUUGAUGAAAGCAGUGAUCUAGAAUUUGUUUUGACCAUUCAGGCGAAUGAUUCACUGAAUGUUGGACUUUUCAAUUUGACCAUCAAUGUUAUUACUGUGCCAGUUAUUUCUGCAUACCAAAUCAAUAUAACUGAAAACAAUGCGGUACCAGAUGUUGUGUGGAAUUUGACGUCAUCUGACAGGGACGGUGAUGUUGACCCAGUUUACGUCAUAUUAAAUCAAAGUGACGCAGGCGUGUUUUUUAUAAAUGACGCUUAUAUGGCAGUUAAAACGAACAAGUCUUUUGACUUCGAGGAUAAAACAAUUUUUACUUUUGAAAUAAAAGUAACGGAUACGUCAUCAUUGAAGUUGUCGUCAACGGCAACAUUUACGGUGUCCGUGGUGGAUGCAAAUGACCAAUUUCCAGAGUUUACUUCUAGUGAUCGUAUACAGUUAGAGGAGGAAACCAGUCCAGGUUCUGUUAUCUACGAAGCCAUGGCCGAGGAUAAUGACACUGUAGGAAGUGUAAGCUUCGACAUUAUAGGCGGAAAUGACAAUGGCCAGUUUUCCAUAGAUAGUAACAGCGGAAAUAUAACUCUUGUGUCGGCGUUUAACGCUACUGUAACAUUAACACAUCGCCUGACUUUACAAGCUAAUGAUACUCUAAAUACAGUGGAUUUCAACUUAACAAUAGCUUUAAGCACAGCUCCUGUUUUGGUCAUUCCUCACGAGGUAACUGUUGUUGAAAACGUAGCUAUAGGAUCAGAUGUGAUGGAUCUCAACUCUACAGACAUUGAUGGCGAUGUGAAUCCUAAUUAUGAAAUCCAAAACCAAAGUGAACCCAAUGCGUUCAAAUUGAACGAAAAUAAAACAAAGCUUGUUACAAAUUCGUCCAUAGAUUAUGAAACAUUGAAAAAUUAUACAAUAGCUUUAAAAGUGACUGAUACCUCCUUAUUUUCAAAGUCAUCCAGCGCUGAAUUCACCAUCAUUGUUGUCGAUGCUAAUGAUGAAAGUCCGGUAUUUACUUCUGCCAAUUCCACAGAUAUCACCCAAUUUACAGCACCUGGCACGGUGAUUUACAAUGCGACGUCUGAAGAUGUAGACACUAUUGGCACUACGUCCUAUUCAAUAACAGAAGGAAAUUCUGAUGGUGUAUUUGCUAUUGAUGCUAGUACCGGAAGCUUGACACUAGAGAAAACACUUAACCCAACUACAGUUGCUGAUGUCACAUACAAUCUAGUUAUACUAGCAAAUGAUUCCGUGAACACCGCAUUUCUAAAUCUAACAGUUAACGUCAAGACAGCCCCUGUUAUAAAUGUUGAGGAGAUUGAGAUACCAGAAAAUGUCAACACAACAAACGUGUAUAGUGUAUGGGCUAUAAACUCCACUGAUCUGGAUGGUGAUGAGAAUACAACAUUUGCAAUUAUGUCACAAAGCGAUCCGGGCACUUUUGAAAUAAAUGCUGAUAAUGAAAUUGUAACGAGCGCUAAGUUUGACUACGAAACUACGAAAAACUACACUGUUGUCUUAAACGCCACGGAUAUAUCUGGACUAUCAUCCACAGCAACGAUAACUAUAUUUGUAACCGACGUGAACGAUGUUAAACCUACAAUUACGUCAAACUCGUCAAUAUACAUCCUAGAAACUGCUAAUAUAGGAGACGAACACUAUACUGCAACUUCGGAUGAUAUUGACACUGUUGGAAGUGUAUCGUAUUAUAUAACAGAUGGAAACAGAAACAAUGCUUUUGCUAUAAAUGCAUCAAGUGGCGUGCUGACCCAGGCGAUAAAACUUACACCAACCACGGAGUCAGAUCUUGUGUAUAACCUUGAGAUAGCAGCCAAUGAUUCAGUAAAUGUGGCAUACCUUAACCUGACCGUAGAUGUUAAAACAAGACCAUAUCUAAAUAUAACCAAUGUGAACAUUACUGAAAAUACUGUCACAACUGGUGGAUAUAGUGUACAGACAUUGAACUGGAAUGAUUUAGAUGGUGACACUGAACAGACAUUUGCCAUUGUUGAUGAAAGCACCCCCGGCGUAUUCGAAAUUGAGAAUGGAACGCUAACAACAAAUGCAACGCUUGAUUUUGAAACAGAGACGAGUUAUACUGUGACAAUAAGCAUAACUGAUGUUCAUGGACUAACAUCAAAUGAUAACUUGACACUAUUUGUAGAAGAUGAAAAUGACGUGACUCCAGUGUUUACAAAUAACAUUACAACGAUCAAUCUAUGGGAGAAAGAAAAUACUGGAGAUGUAUUUACGUUAACGGCCACAGAUCCGGAUACUGUUGGGGACAUACAAUAUUCAAUAAUAGGUGGCAAUGAUGAAUCCAAGUUCAGCCUGGAUGCCAGUACAGGGAUAUUGUCAUUAUCGUCUAGUUUAGACUUUGCAACAACCGAGUCGUAUUUCAUCAGGAUGAUUGCUAAUGACUCUGUUAAUAAAGCUUCUUUUAACCUUAGUGUUAAUGUAAAAACAAGUCCAGUUAUAAAUUUUACCGGUGUUGAUGCAAAAAUUUCUGAAGAUCAAGAUACUUCGGGCUCCUAUGUUGUAUUAAACCUCACUUCAACAGACGCCGACAAUGACCCGAAUCCUGUGUAUGAUAUUCUCAACCAAGAGAGUGCUGUCUUUUUUAUUGACGGCGACCAACUUAAAACGAAUAUGACAUUUGACCGGGAGACUUCAGAUAGUUACAAUGUUACUAUACGAGUUACAGAUUCAGUUCUUGGAUUGACUUCAAACGACACUUUGACUGUUACAAUCACCGAUGUUAAUGACAACGCGCCUGUGAUAGUAUAUCCAACUACUACUCCCAUUGAAGUUCGCGAGGACACUGCCAAAAAUACACUUAUAUUCAUGACUGAAGCCAACGAUGUUGAUAAAAAAGGAGAAUUAACCUACCAGAUACAAGAUGGAAACACAAACAGUGACUUCAGUAUUGACGAAACGCUUGGAAAUGUCACACUCGCUAACGCACUGAAUGCAUCGCAGACGAUAGAUUACAAUCUAACUAUUGCAGUAAAUGACACUCUGUUCUCAACCAUUGUAACUGUACCAAUUACUGUUAAAACAGCACCAUUAAUGGAAUUCCCUGAUGAAAAUGUGACCAUUGCCGAGGACACGGACACGUCCGGCAACUACUCUCUGUUGACGCUGGCUUCUACCGACCUUGAUAAUGAUCCAAAUCCAAGAUAUGAGAUUUUAUCACAAAGCAUUGAAGGGACCUUCUUCAUCAGCGAAAAUAAUCAGCAGUUGUUGACAGCUGCCAAGUUUAACUAUACAGACGUUCAAGUGUAUGAAGUAACAAUACAAGUAACAGAUUCAUCACAGUUUAAUAUGUCCUCAACGGCAACACUAACUAUAUAUGUAACAGACGCUAAUAAUCUUCCGCCAGAGUUCACUUCAGGGAAUAAAAUAGAGGUACCUGAAACUCAACAAACUGGCAUUACUGUGUACCAGGCAGUGGCUGUUGACGCGGAUACAGUUGGACAGAUAUCUUAUUCAAUAACCGGUGGUAACACAAAUGAUGACUUUGCUAUCGACGCACAGAGUGGGAAUUUGACACUAGCAAAAUCACUUGCACCAUCAACUUCUAAAGUAUUGCAGUACUCGCUGACAAUUGAAGCCAAUGAUACUGUUAACGCAGCCACACUUACACUGACAGUUGAUGUUAAAACUAUUCCAGCAAUAGUUAUACCGGCCGAUCCAAUUACUAUUGAUGAAACAACUGAUACAUCUGACACGUAUGUUGUUCAUGAACUAAGCUUUACCGACCUUGAUAAUGACACAGACCCAACAUUUGAGAUUUUGUCACAGAGUGUCGACGGUACGUUUGUCAUCACGAACGGCACGAAGAUUACUACUACAGCAACGAUUGACUACGAAACAAGAAAGACGUAUGAAAUUGUUGUCAAAGUAACAGAUUCAUCAGAUUUUGAACUAUCGUCGACUUCUACGUUGACAGUUUCAGUAACAAACGCUGAUGAUGAAGCUCCUGUAUUCACGUCUGCUAAUGUGACAUACAUACCGGAAGAUCAAACUCCUAAAACGAUUGUCUACACUGCUGAGACAUAUGACAACGAUACAACUUCCGGUAUCACUUACACAAUAGAAGAUGGAAAUACAAACAAUGACUUCAGCAUUAACCCCGUCAGCGGUGCUAUAUUGCUAGAGAAUGCAUUACGACCUCGUGAUGUACUGGAAUACAACUUGAAGAUUCAAGCAAACGAUUCCAUCAACCAAGGGGAAUUAACUCUUAAAAUAAUUGUUGUAACAGUGCCAACAUUACUAUUCCCGGCCGAUCCCAUUGAAAUUAACGAAAACACCGACACCUCAGCAGGAACGUUAAUUUGGAUCGCGGCAUCCUCGGAUUUGGAUGGCGAUUCAGACCCGAGCUACAUGAUUGUCUCACAAAGUGUAAACGACACCUUUGAGUUCAACAAUGAUAAUACACGGCUGAUAACAAAAGCUGAUUUCGAUUAUGAAGACACGACAAGUUACGAAAUAACAAUAAGUGUCACAGAUACUUCUCCGCUUAAAUUAUCCUCCACAGCAACGCUAACCGUGUCGAUUGUCGAUCUUAAUGACGUUACACCUAAUAUUACAUCACCUGCAACUGUAAAGAUUCUAGAAAACACAGACAAUGGUACCAUGAUUUAUACUGUUAUCUCGGAUGAUCCUGAUACUGUCGGAACUGUAACAUACAAGAUAAUUGGUGGGAACACAAAUGAUGAUUUUAGUAUAGACCCUACUAGUGGUAAUAUUACGCUUGUAAACGCACUGAAUGUAACGUUGGUAGCAAACUAUAGUCUACAAAUACAAGCCAACGAUACUUUGAAUGUUGUAGACUUCACAUUGCUCGUGGAGCUUAAACCAGACAUCGACGAAUGUGCAUCUAAUCCUUGUAUAAACGAUGCUACAUGUGUUGAUGGAAUAGAUGAAUUUACGUGUGAUUGCAUGCCGGGAUAUACUGGCGAUACAUGUCAAACUGACAUAGACGAGUGUGAACCGGAACCAUGUAAAAAUAAUGCCACCUGUCAGGAGUUUAUUAAUGGCUAUAAUUGCACAUGCGUUGCUGGUUAUGAAGGAGGUGAUUGUGAAAUUGAUAUCGAUGAAUGUGCGUCCUCCCCAUGUCAAAAUGGUACAUGUAAUGAUCUCGUGAAUGGCUAUAAUUGUAGCUGUGUUGCUGGCUAUAGUGGUGAUAACUGUGAAACUGAUAUCAAUGAAUGUGCGUCUAAUCCAUGUGCGAAUGGUGGUACAUGUAACGAUGUUAUAAAUGGAUAUGAAUGUACUUGUGCUCCAGGCUACAAUGGGGACCAGUGUCAAAACGACAUUGAUGAGUGUGCCACGGUCACGUGUUCAAAUAAUGGUACAUGUAAUGACUAUAUAAAUGGUUACAACUGUACCUGUCCGCCGGGAUUUACAGGCAAAUUGUGUGGAACAGAUGUUGACGAAUGUGCAUCGAACCCCUGUCAGAAUCAUAUAACAUGUGUGAAUAAAGUAAACAGUUACCAAUGUAUGUGCAAACCUGGAUACACUGGAACCAACUGUGAAACAGAUAAAGACGAAUGUGCGUCAUCGCCGUGUGAAAAUGGCGGGAAUUGUACAGACGGUAUCAACAGAUUUACAUGUGACUGCGCGGCCGGGUACAGGGGACGAACAUGCAACGUUGAAUGUUCAAACACAACCUAUGGUCGUAACUGCAACCAGAACUGUGCAUGUAACUCAAAAGGCACUAUCUCGUGCGACAAAGUGAACGGCUCGUGUAUAUGUAAUAACGUUUACAAAGGUGACACGUGCAAUGACGACAUUGACGAGUGCAAUAACCCCUCUAUAUGUAAUAAAACAAACGAGGGAUGUGAUAAUAUUAUCGGAGGUUACGCAUGCUCUUGUAGAAGAGGCUAUGAAAGAAAUAACGACACUGGCGAUUGCGAUCCAGUUACAACAACAACUACAACCACACAGAUUCCAAGUACCCAGACGGUGACAAGAGUAAAAAUAAAAUUUGACGUCACAUUAGGUGCUAAUGUGGAUCUAGAGGUGCAAAUAACAUAUGCUAAAUACGAAAAAGAAGUUAAAGAUCAGCUGACCAUAAAGUAUAAAGUCAAGCUUGGUAACAGAGCAUUUACAAUUGUCAUCAGAUCACUUGUAAAGGGCAGUCUUGAUGUAGAAUAUGACGUCAUCACAGACAAAGUAGACGCUCCGAAAGUUGCCGAGGCCAAUAAUGAAAUAGCAACAGAUAAAGUUGGCAUCACCAUAUUUAAUGAAACUGCACUACCAGCUGAGAUGACAGUGAACGAGCAAUCAGUUCCGGUGAAUGUAACAAGUACAGAUGCUGUAAAAUGUCAGAUAUAUGAGGCUACAACAGGGAAAUGUACUGGAGAUUUUAUAUGUGACGUCAAAGAUGGAAGUCCAGGCUGUGUACGGAAGGAUGAUGACGAUAACCUAGAUUUAAUCCUUGGUCUAGGUAUAGGAAUACCAGCAUUCUUAGUUGCCGUGGCUGUAGUAGUUCUGUGUGUAGCCUACUAUCACAACAAAAAUAAACUUCUACACCGCAAAUACAGGGGUGACGACUAUGAUGAAAGAAGUAAUGAGAUGUACGACCGGAAGUUGCCUGUUCGAGCCAAUACUGGCCCUCCAACCUGGCCGUUCAUAGCGUCCCCGGAAUACGCAGAAUAUGGUCCUUACUCUGAUUAUUCUAGAGAUGGUGGACAACGUUAUUUACCAUCUGAAGAUUUCCAUGGACAAUAUGAUAACCAAGGUGCUCACGACCGUGAUAGUAACAAUUAUACCUGGGACUAUUUGUUCUCUCACCUUCGCCCUGGUGAACAGGUAAAUGAUGAUAUCUGCUUGUAAAUAUUAACCCUUAAUCUGCUGAAUAUCUUAAAUGGACUUGUCCAGCUUCCAUUUUGGAACCGUUCAUUGUCAAAUUAAGGGAUUUAAAAACGGAAAUUUGUAAAUUGUCAGCCAACAGUUUAGGGCGUCGUCAAAUUAAAUGGCAGUGCAGGCUCUCUGGCUCUAUGCUGAUUGGCAAAGGCUAGUCCAUUUCGGUUUCAGCA